AUGCAUGUUGCCAGAUUUAGAGCGCGGGGCAUAGAACAUAUUCGAUUCAUCUCUUCGAAUUGCUCCAAGAGACCGCCGACCACGUCCGCGUUUUCAUCCUCGCCUCGACCGGCUGCAAUCCCCGACGAGUCCGCUAUGUUCAAAAAAGCUGUGAAAGAUCAUCCGGGGGGAUCAUCCAAGCCCCUGCAGUCUAACCUUUUACGUACAAAUACCAUUGUGCCCUCGAAGCCCGCGCUCCCACAGUCUAUCGGCGUCAAACGAAAAAUAGAGACCCAUGGCGGGGAAUCUGCUCUGGGCUCGCUCCACAGCUCGGUUUAUUUUGAUGAAAAUGACUUCGAUGAUGAUCUUGACCUUGAUAUCGACGAGCCUCAGCCAUUGAUCGCGCCGAAGCCCACUGCUCCUGCGGAUAGUUCGACAUCGGUUUCCUAUCCGAGUAUUGACACCUCGCAAUCCAGCAAGCCCGCGCCAGCACAAUUUGCAGCCGGCAACCAUCACCCGUCAGAUGUCAAGUACCCGGAUCUGCCCCCUGCUUCCCAGGAAGAUCACGGACCGUCAAGCAGCAUUCAACUCCCUUGGUCGUCCUCGCCUCCUUCUCAUCUUCAACCACCACCCAAACCUCGAACCCUGCCAUGGCUAAAGGAAAUCAAGGAGGAACCUAUUCAAGACAAAAAGAGCACUGCCGUUACUCCAAGACGGCAAAAGCCCACAGAGCCCUGGAACAAGACUGCGAGCGCCAUCAAAGAGGAACAAAAAGAGCUUCGUCGGGAAUACAAGAAAAGUCAAAAAGGUGAUGGCAGCACGAAGCAACAGGGUCGUACGAAGAUUGCCUCUCUUUUCCUCAGUGAUGAACAAAGAGCGGUUCUCGAGGCCGUUGUUGAUCACGGAAAGAGCAUCUUCUUUACUGGUUCAGCCGGAACGGGAAAGUCGGUUCUUAUGAGAGAGAUCAUUCAGAAACUGCGCAACAAAUACCGUAAGGAACCGGAUCGAGUGGCAGUGACGGCCUCGACAGGCCUCGCAGCCUGUAACAUUGAGGGUGUCACCCUUCACAGUUUCGCUGGCAUUGGUCUGGGCAAAGAGGCCGUGCCGGAACUAGUCAAGAAGAUCAAGAAGAAUCAGAAAGCCCGGAAUCGCUGGCUUCGUACAAAGGUUCUCGUCGUUGACGAAGUAUCCAUGGUUGAUGGGGAUCUCUUCGACAAGCUGGAGAAUAUCUCCCGGCUCAUUCGCAACAACGGCCGCCCGUUUGGUGGGAUUCAGCUCGUUGUCACCGGGGACUUCUUUCAGUUGCCUCCUGUCCCCGAUGGAAGCAGCCGGGAGGCAAAGUUUGCUUUUGCAGCUGCCACCUGGAACACUUCUAUUCAGCACACCAUUCUUCUGACCCAUGUCUUCCGUCAAAAAGACCCGGAAUUUGCAGAGAUGCUAAAUGAGAUGCGUCUGGGUAAAAUCAGUCCUGGCACAAUCGAUGCAUUCAGAAAGCUCUCUCGGCCUCUGAACUUCCAUGACUCACUCGAUGCAACAGAACUGUUCCCCACGCGAGCUGAAGUCGAGGGUGCCAACUCCGCACGGAUGGGCCGGCUCUCUGGUGAGAUGAUGACUUUCAACGCAGUAGACUCUGGGACAAUCCAGGAUGCCCAGCACCGCGAGAAGCUUUUGUCGAAUUGCAUGGCCCCUCCUGUCAUGCACCUCAAAAAGGGAGCCCAGGUGAUGCUCAUCAAAAAUAUGGAAGAAACCCUGGUGAAUGGCUCCAUCGGACGCGUCGUGGCCUUUAUGAGCGAAGAGUAUUUUGAUUACUACCGGGAGAACGAAAAGGACUUCGAAGAUGACGGCAAUGCGAGCGACGAGGAACGAGCCAUGCGGGCUCGGAAAAAGCUUAAGCCCAUGGCCUACAAGGAAGGCGGGGCUACAGCAGCUCGGAAAUGGCCGCUGGUGUGCUUCGUUCAGCCAGAUGGGACAGAACGACAUUUGCUCUGCCAACCGGAGACAUGGAAGAUCGAGCUUCCAAACGGAGAGGUGCAAGCCCAGCGCCAACAAGUCCCCUUGAUUCUCGCCUGGGCUCUGUCCAUCCACAAGGCGCAAGGUCAGACCCUUCAGCGAGUGAAGGUAGACCUGGGCCGAGUUUUUGAGAAGGGACAAGCCUACGUUGCAUUGAGUCGUGCCACGUCUCAGGCCGGACUGCAAGUCACUCGAUUUGAGCCCCGUAAAGUGAUGGUGCAUCCAAAAGUGGUCGACUUCUACUCCAAUCUGGUCUCCAUCACCCAGGUUAUCAAGACGAAGAAUUCUGCACCAACUAGGGAUUUUGACGAGGACGACUUGGGUGAUUCAUAG